CCUUGCCAUAACACACUGAGUACUACCAUCAAUAAGUGGCAAAAUCUCCAUAGAUACAGUGCAUUGAUGGAUUCGCAGUGUCUGAGUAGCAAGUUAGUAUCUAAUUGAUCAUGUGAGUGAAACAACUGCCGGGACAUUUGUAUGAUGACCUUGAGUCCGGCAUAGGCGGCGAUGCAUCUCAUUAAGCUAAUAGUUCCGUAGAGCGGAUGGAGCAUCAGGCUGGCAGCAUUUACUAUGAAGGGAUCAUGAAUCAUGAUCAAGGUCCUUAAAGUUGCGACAGUAAUACAGCUCUGGUUAGUGUGUGUGUGUAUGUGUGUGUGUGUGUGUGUUUGUGUUUGUGUGUGUGUGUGUGUGUGUGUGUGUGUGUGUGUGUGUGUGUGUGUGUGUGUGUGUGUGUGUGUAGUGAUUUAGUUGACUUUCUGUUUUACGAACUCUCCCACUGGAAAGAGUGGCACACUAAGUUCCUGUACGUUUUGGACAAGCAUGCCCCGCUGCACAACUCUAAGCCUUCCCGGAGGGCGAUACCUCCCUGGUCUGACAGAGAGCUGCACCAGCUCGAACAGCGUAAACGGCGGCUGCACAACCAUUGGCGGAAGGAUAGGACAGACGGCACACUGUAUGCCGAGUUCAAACAAGCACGGAGCACUGCUCGGAAUGCGUAUCGGCGCAAGCGAAACGAGUACUUCUCCCGUCAGUGCGAAGAAAAUGUGGCCAACCCUAGGAAGUCUUGGGCCAUUCUAAAUGCAGUCAAUGGGCGAUCACGCCGCCGCCAAGAUCCUAGUUGUAGCAUCAGUGAGGUGGCCGACACGUUCCACUCCAAUCCCAACCGUCCUGAACAACUCUGCACCCCGCAAGGUCCCGCUGGACCUGUCUCCUUGAUCGAACUUGAUCCUGUGACUCCUGCUGACGUCCGACGUCUCCUUGAGAAGUUGGAUGCGCGGAAAGCCAUAGGUAGUGACGGCAUACCGGGCUCUCUGCUACAGCAGUGUGCUGACUUGCUGGCAUAUUCUCUUGCUGUGCUGUUCUGCACCUCGCUGAGGACCGAGUGGAACUAUUCCAUCCGCAUUUAAAUUGGCGUCUGUCGUGCCACUGUACAAGGCCGGUGACCCAUCAGUCCCCACCAACUAUAGACCUGUAUCCCUUCUCCCAAUAGUGUCCAAGUUGCUGGAGGGGGCAGUGCAACACCAGUUAGUUCGUCAUUUGGACUUGAGCAAGGUAUUACCCGAAACACAAUGAAAUGCUCUACGGAAGACGCCCUCUGUGUGCUGACGGAUAAUCUGCAGAAGGCGAGAGACAGUGGCAAGACCACAGGGCUGUGCCUAUUAGACAUGUCGAAGGCUUUUGAUAAAGUGCACCACGACAAGUUGAUCCAAGACCUCCUUGUGGUUGGAAUUUCUGGAAAAGCCCUUAGUUGGCUCGUCGACUACUUGUCCGGCCGCAAGCAAGCAGGUCCUCAUCUCGCCUUCAACCAGCCCUGCUCUGGCUUGCACCUGCGGAGUGCCCCAAGGCUCUGUUCUUCAGUAUACACACACGAGACGUCCCUUUGGUUUCCUCGCCUGUGCCAAGUGUACAAUUUGCAGAUGACAUAGCCCUGUACGACUCCCAGGCCUCAGCGGCGGAAGCGUCCAGAACCUUCACCACAGCGGCAACUGCUCUGGCCGAUUGGCUGAAGUCUCGAGGCCUCAUCUUGAACGCCGCCAAGAGCCAGGUUCUGACUAUCUCUCCCCAGCAGCUCGUACAGGAAGUAACAGUCAAAAGCGGCGACUGUCUCCUCCCUUCAGCGUCUUCUGCGCGCUACCUCGGCGUUCACCUUGACAAUCGCCUAGAUUGGGACACCCAUGUAAACUAUGUGGUCACCAAGGUUGCCAAGAAAAUCGGCGCCCUGUGGCGGGCACGCCGAAGCCUAUCAAGACGCUCUCGUCAGGUGUAUGUGAAGGUGGUCAUAAUGCCCGACCUGCUUUAUGGCUCCUGCUGCUUUUCAGCUGCAAUGCGAGAGGGUCAACUGAAACGACUGCAAACCGCGCAAAACAGAGCCAUCCGCUGUAUCGAUGGCAACCCGCCCCGGACAGCCAUGCAGCCGCUGCUCACUGCUCACUCCCUGUACCGUGUCAGCGAGCUCUACAGGCAGAAAAUAUUGAUCACCAUCUGGCGGUGCACCCACGCCCGCACCAGCCCUGUGCUCGCCCAGCUUCUGACCCCGGCACAAGGCACCCCUACCCGCCAUCAGCAGUCAAAUGGCCUACUAAGCCAGGUAAACCGUAGCCGCCGCGGUCAGCGGAGAUUUUCUGUUGCUGGUGCUCUGCUGUGGAACACUCUCCCUGUUGCGCCAGACCGCAAUCCGCAAGUGCUGGACUACUCGCAAACACAAUUUCCUCAAUUUCAGUACCCAAGCCAUGAUACAGAGGUACAGGAUCAUGCUGGCGGACGCAGUGACAUAUCCGUUGUACACGACCAAAACGGGACGUCUAUUCCAGCCAUGUCGCCGAUGGUAAUCGAUGCACCCGGCACCGUGCAGACCAUCACCACUGUCCAUCGACCACCAACAGCCACCAGGAACUGUCGCCGAGUUUCUGAUGAGAGGACAGUCACUCUGCCAGGGUACCUACCUGAGAGAAUUGAUUUUGGAAGCUGCAUGGGAAGCUGUCCGGGACACAGAACAACUACUGUGGUCUCACAGGCAGAGACCCUUCAGAUAAGGAAUGGACACUUGCACGGCAUCAAGUUCAACAAUCGAGAAUGCACCUGCUGCUCGCUGAAAUCAAAACAGGUGAAAGAAGUUCGGUUUAGACGCGACCUGAACGUCGCCCCUCCAUCAGCAAUAAUCUCAGAUAAUGACGGUAUGAUGACAGUGAAUGUUUCAGUCAUACAGUCUUGCAGGUGUAAGAAGAGAUUGUGUCUCUAAAUGUAAGAAGAAGAUUCACAUAAUCGGCAACAGUGGAUAGUGGAUAGACGGACCACACUGAUCAGGAGUAAGACUAGACUGGUGUCUAUUGAAUAAUUAUUUCAGAUUUGCAUUUUGUGAAUCCCUUGGCUGGGCCUGUGCUGGUGUGUCAAUGUAUGGAUACCAAGCUUUUGCAGACUCAGAAGAAGACGAUUGACACUGAGAUCACUGGUCAUUCACAACUACCCCUAGUCCCUACCACUACUUACGCUGAUCCUGGCCAGCUCACAGUCAUGCAUGCUAGGAUGUGAACAGUCUGCUGGCAAGCAGACACACACACCUGUUCACAUCUAAUUAUACAAUUGUUAUUGUUUAUCGUUCCUGCCGAAUAACGUAUUGUUAGUGUCACGCACGGGCUGAACUGCCUUGCGUAUGCAACCGGUACAAUCAUGUAUUUGAAUACACCCUGUUGCUGAAAUGGAAUUACUGAAAUAUUAUUUAUCAUUUUAUCAUUCUCUUUUCGGUGAUGUCAUAAUCUGUAAUCAGCCUGCCGAUCCGGCGAUGCGCAACACAAAGAUGUUACUUACAUGUAGGCCGAACACAAUUACUAUUACCACUAUUACCACUGCAGUGAAACCUCGUUAGGAAGAACACUGAUAAGACAAAUGUUUGCUUAAGAAGAACUAGAAUUCGUAACUCCAUUGAAUAAAUCACUAUGUAUUCACUGCGUAUACCAUACGGAUAAGAAGAACUCCCGUUAUUGCAAACAAAUAUCAUCGGUCCCUUGGUGUUCGUUCUAAAGAGGUUUGACUGUAUUACCACUAUCACCACUAUUACCACUACUACAUGUACAUGUACGUGGACAUUAGUGAGUGCCGUCUACGGGUUUUUUAGAUGAGCCUUUGGUUUAAUAUCGCCCUACUAUACAAGUAGGGAUGAUUUGCAAUAUAAUUACCUGUACUUUGUAUGGCAUGUGCUAACUUUGGAUUCUUCCCUUCAUUUUUUCCGGAUAUUAAUCAUGGUUA